GCGUCACUGGUUCUACUUGCUUUGUAGCUCCGCCGCGGCCCAGGCAAUCGUACCCCGAUAUAUAAAUCUACCGGGAGCCCGGGACGAACUACGAAACAUGGUGCACGGAAAGUCAUACAUCUGCACUCUCGAAUCUCUCAUCCAGAACUUUAUGCCGGAGCACAAGUCGACCUCCAAGAAGACCGUCAACAACAUCUUCGCUGGUGUCCCAACCACCUUCUCGUCGGAGAAGGCCAUGUACGGGUGCAUCGUUGAUCGACUCAACGGAUCCCACCUGUUUCCCGGGAGGAAGUUCGUAGCCACUCCGUACAAACCGGACAAGAGCGACGCGACGAAGCAAGCUAUCGACUGUGGGAUGUACGCAUCCGCUCAUGCUCCGAAGGAGGAAUGGACUGACCUUGGCGAGGAAUCCCGACGCUUGAACUGGUCGCGGCUGGAGCUCGGCAUCGAGUGUAAGGUCAAGGCGAACCUCGAUCCCUUCGACGAGUGGCAGGACGGCGACGAGCCGGUAGCUCAAGGAAGGAAGGACGUAUGGGGACAGCUUCUCUCGUACGCCGACCUCGUCUUCCGAUACCAGCAGCGUCUGUUCCACUACACCGUGAUCUUCUUCGGCCAUUACGCUCGCGUCAUCCGCUUCGAUCGCUCUGGUGUUGUUGCCUCCGACAAAAUCAACUACGCGAAGGAUGGUUCCCGGCUCACAGAGUUUCUUGUUCGAUACUGCCGUAUGAAGGAGACGAACCGUGGGCACGAUCCGUCCGCCACUCGUAUCGAGCGUGCCGAUGAUCUUUUCGAUGAGCUCAAGAAGCACGGGAAGAAAGCUGCGGCGGAGUCUCCUGAAGGCUACAUUCCCCAAUUAUUCAACGCUACUCUCGACGAGUCCUGGCCGUGGUGGAAGCUCGACGUUCUCGACGAGGGUACCGACACAUGGCAGUCCUUCGCCGUGGGCAAACCGCACUUCCUUUCCGACGGUGUCGUGGGGCGUGGAACUCGUGGUUACAUCGCCGUUCCUCUCAGCGACUCAGGCGAGCCCACCGGAUCCUUUGUGUAUCUGAAGGACGCGUGGCGUGUCAACCACCCCGGCAUGGAGAAGGAGGGCCACGUACUUGGCGUUCUCAACAAAGCGAAAGUGCGUUACGUCCCUACCGUUGUUUGUCAUGGCGACCUCCCGAAUCAAGACACGUUAUCCUACAACAACUGGGCUCAGUAUCAUCCUGACGAAGCGCCGGAACAAUGCCCUUUGAAGGCGCAUCAGCACUAUCGUGUUGUUGAAACUGAAGUGGGGAAGCCACUCUCCCAGUUCAUCAACGGCCGCGAGCUCGUCACGGCCAUAUAUUGUGGCGUCAUUGCGCACAAAGAAGCAUGCGCUGCGGGUUACAUCCACAGAGACAUUAGCGCAGGCAACAUCCUACUUUAUCAGGACACUACCGGGCAAUGGGUUGGGCUUCUCAACGACUGGGAAUUAUCGAAGGCGUACGUCAGCGGGAAACCCGAGGAAGGGAACCGCCAGUUCGAUAGGACUGGAACAUGGCAGUUUACAUCGGUGCACGCCCUCAUAGACUACGCGAAGGUCAUCGCUAUCCCGGAUGAUCUCGAGUCUUUCUUUCACGUCAUGCUCUACUUCGCCAUUCGCUUUCUCCCUCAUAACUGUCCGAACGGAGUCGGUCAGCUGAUGGCUAGUUAUUUCGAUGACUAUACCGAUGGGCUUUCCGGCUUCACUGCGGGUCCCGCCAAGUUCAACGCAAUGUACAACGGCGUUAUUCACGUCCAUCUAAUCACCGGUGGAAAGAAGGACGCCCAGGGCAAGCACGUCAACGAGCGCCUUGAGUUCCUUUGGCCAAAGAAGGGCGCUGAAGGGCAGGACAAUGCGACGCGGCCGGGGAGGAAGCACCCUAUCGAUCUCCUGAUCUGCAAGCUCCUGAAAAGAUUCAAGGCAUUGUAUGCUCAGGACGAACCGCAGGACACCCAAAGUGCAGAUUCUAAUGACGAGGACGGAGACGCGGAGGCUCUCGCACAGCCGUCUACCGGACCGCUGGCCCUUGACGGAGAUGAAGACUACUCGGACGGCUCCGACUCCGACUCCGACGAUGAAGAUGGAACUGUACCUAGUGGGUCACGAUCACAGAAUCUACUUAAGCUCGCUUCGCAGCUCGAAUCUCACAAGGCGAUGGAGAAGCUCUUGAGGCAUUUCCUCAAGCGUCGGAAGUGGCCUGUGGGCGACAAGGGCGCCGACAAGAAGCCCAAGGAAGGCUACAGCCCUCCGAGGGAGAACAUCGGGCUCACGUCAACGCAGGUUGGGUCGACGACGAAGCGACCCCUGGAUGGUGGAGAGGAGUCCACGUCGAAGCGUGUGCGGAGCAAGUCUUGA